AUGGCUUCAGCUACUUACGACCUUGAUGAUCUAGAUAUCCUCGUUUACCAACCUCCGAUUGAAUCAGAACCCCAUUACCCCACUCCCCGUUUCGUCCAAGUUGAAGUAACCAUCAUCCUUGAACUCAAACUCAAGUGCCAUUAUUGCUUAACCGACCAAUUCAUUGAUCUCGACAACGCAGACUCUAUAGUCUUCCAAGAAAAUAUUCGCUUUCAUCUCCAUGUUUUGAAAAACAAUUUCCGGGCUUACCAGAUUCUUGCUCCCAUGCUAAGAAGACUCGGAGUCGACCCCAGCUCUCCUCUAUUCGACACUGUCAUCGAGGCAAUCAUCCGACAUGGGCGUAGAAUGGGAACCUGGGAAUCCAACAAGGGACGUAAAGUCUUGCCUUUGCAUGCAAAGGUAUGGGGAACGUUUGUGGAACACGUAAACUACGAGGAAGAAGAGGUUUUGGUCGUAAGAGCUCUGGAAGAAUCAGCAUCGGAGUUGGAAACAAGCAACUACAACAUGGUUCCAGCGAAGGAAUCCUCGAUCAAGAAGAUGUUGAAGAGGUUUCGAGUCGAAGGCGGAGAGUAUAAUCAAAAGGGCGGAGAGAAUGACAUCAAGAGAAGGCGUGUGGAGGGUGAAAACUGUGUGAUAUGUUUGGAGGAACUGAAGGUUGGUUCAUAUGCUUCUCGGAUGCCUUGUUCUCAUGCUUUUCAUGGUGACUGCAUUGAGAAGUGGUUGAAGCAAAGCCACUACUGUCCUGUCUGCCGGUUUGAGAUGCCAACAGAGUGA